UAAUAAUCAUAAAUCGGGACAUUGUUUUUUAUUUUAUUUUAUUUUUUUUUUUUUAAUUUUAUUUAAACUUUUAAGAAAGAUUCACACUUCCUCCUAUGACGUGCGUGAUAAAGUGCUUGGGAUUGUGUGUUAACGAGUAGAAGAGAAAAAAUAAUAAAAAAAAAAAAAAUAUAAUCGGUCCAGAGGUAAGGUAUUAUACCGAACGAUUUUCUUUCCCGCACGCACUUUUAUCGACAUCGACCGCAUUAGCCUUUCAUUUUUGUCCAGGUUCAAGAAAACCUACAAGAUUAGUAACAAUAUGGGGAAUAUUCAAGAUUUACACUAACGCCAUCCAAUGGACGUUGGCCGAAGCUUUCUCUUUAACCUUUUUCUUCAGAGAUGGCGUUACCAUAGUGGCGGGAAUAUUUUUUAUUCAAAUUUUCAACCCCUCGUUAGGUCAUAGUUUUUAAAGAAUUUUGACUUGGAAAGUAAUAUUGAAAGCUUACAUUUUUGUUAAUAGACAUAUACAGAUACAUAUUUUGUAUCUAGGAAUAAAAAUAAUAUUAAACUAUUAAAACAUUAAUGUGACACGAGACGAGUGAAGAGAGUAGGCAGGAAAAUAAAAUAAAAUGCAAACAGAGAGAGGGAGCCAACGGUAGUAGGUGAGAAUUAAAUGGGAUGGUAGGAAGCUUGAGGGGCAAGGGGAUGUUUAGUGGGAUGGGGGUUUGGUGGUGGAAGAGAAGGUUAGGGAAGGGCGAAAGGAAGGGAACGACGGAGAACGAGGAAGCAGUCGGAAGAGAGAGCUGGCGGAGUAGUCGGGCAAGAGCGAGCGCGAGUGGGGCGAGGUUGUUGCGGGAGUCACGGAGCAAGAGACCUUUUAAGAUAUGGGACAGUUGGCGUAAUGUAAGAAAGGGACUGGUAGUAAGCAAUUUCGAGGAACUGAUACAUCGUGGUAAAGAAAAAUUGGGCGUACCGCAGAACGAGAAUGUUUCUUUAGUAUUGGAAUCUGACGGGACACAAGUUGAAGACGGUGAAUACUUCAAGACACUAGCCAAUAAUACGAUUUUACUUUUAUUGCGGCAUGGUGAACGGUGGUGUCCAACUGGCGUUGACAUCAUACGAGCCGCAAUAUCAGCGAUACCGAAAAUAGUUUGCGAAACAAUUCACGCCCUGGAGCUGCACGAUGAGACGCCAUCGUGGAAAAUUAUGGACAAUAAGGGACGAGUCACAGUGGUCCUACAUUGGGACCAACGUUCGUCGUCGUCGUCGCAGGUUCAAUCGCAGUCGAAGGGGGCGGAUGCCCAGUCCUCUAAAUAUUCGCCAACUAAGAAAGCCGAUCUGAGCGGGAGUCAACGACCCUCGUUGGUGAUUCAAACUAGCCUUGACAAGUUGAAUUAUGGGGGAAAGCCAACACAUUUGCCGGGCGGCGAGCUAGGUCCAAGCAGAUACGCGAGUCCCCAAAUCACUGUGAUAAAUCAUGAUGAUAUGCAACAACAGCAGCAACAACAACAACAGCAGCAACAACAGGCUCAGCAAGUGCACAGUAUGCCAGGUCGUUUGGUGAAGCAAGGAACGAAUUCGUUCGAAAGUACGACCAUCCAUAUCCAUACGCCAGAGUGUUCAAAUCACAUACAUCAGCCGGUAGCUAGGAACGGUAGUCCUGUAAACGGGGCGGACAACGGUACCACAGGAGAAUGCGAUUUUCAUUGUUGUGCAUUGCACGAGGAGGGUCGUAGGAUUGCGGUGCACAAAUCUGUUGCAACAUCACCCAUUCAGGAUAGUCAACAUCAACAGUAUCAACAGCAACCGCAUCAUCAUCCGCAUCAGCAACAACAACAACAGACCCAAACCCAAACACCGUCGCCUCAACCACCCUCAUCGUUAUCAGAUGGUACGAGGCGAUCGGGAUUGGGCAAGGGUCACGUAAGAUUUCGCGAUACCACUGACGAAGAAUCGAGUCCACGUUUAGGUCCUGGAAAUUCGACCGGUGGUUUUCAUCUGCAUCAUCAUCAUCACAAUCAUCAUCAGGAGCACGACAGCUCCGAAUCAGAAACCGAGAAUACGAUUAUGGAGGACGAGAUACACACCUCCGAAAAAUUUUUAUUGCUCAUCGAUCAAUUAACCGUAGAUCAAAAGCAUCAUUUAAGUAUAAAGGACAUAGGCAUCAUAUUAGAACGUUUAAGCUCAAAAAUAUUGGACGUAGAAAGAUUGGAUCGUGAGAGCGAAAGUGAGGAGUGUUACAAUUGGACGAUCAAGGCAAUCAUCAGGGGUGACGUAUUACGCGAAUUAGGUGUCAUUUAUAAUGGAAAUUAUUAUGCUAUCUCGGAACAUCCGGGAUACAAAGAGGAGUCCGAAGAGAAUAACGAGGAUAACGAGGAGGAGGAGGAGGAUAGACUUUAAUACGAUGUUGUUUUAUUAAACGGACAUACUGACAGCAGACAGCAGACAUAAAAGAAACCAAAAAAAAAAAAACACAAAAAAUAAGAAAAA